GCUGGUAUCAAAGAUGUCAAUUUGACAGUUGUUUAGGCGAUUGUAUCGCGAAAAUGGCAAGUGUGGGUUUUCGUUGGCUCGAUAUCCUGGAAAAGGAGUUUGAUAAGGCGUUCGUGGACCUCGAUUUGGCCAUAGGCGAUUUGGAUCCGGAAGAGCCGGACAUCGUUUAUAACGUUCGACAAAAAUUAUGCACUCUAAGUUCGUGUUUUGCUCAACUUACGCAUAAGGCCCAAACAAUUUUCCAGAAUAGCGCAAAAAUCGAGGCUGAACUUAUCCACAUGCGAGCAGAAUUAGUAGAAUCAAAAUCAAAACGUGAAAUAUUAGAACAAGAACUGCACAAUUUAUUGCUACAAUUGCACACAGCACAAUUAACACAAUUGCCAGCACUGAAUAAUGGACAUUACAAACAAGAACCUGACGUUGAUAAUAUCAAGAAAAAAAUUGAAGAUGAGUUGAAGAAAAGUCCUAGUCAUUCUGUUAAAAAAAGUAUUGAAACGGAAGAAUUGAAAUUUAGUCCUACAACGGUGGAAAUAACUCAAUUAAAAACGGAAAAUGCUCAACUACAAAACGAAAACUCCUCUCUAAGGAAUUCAAUGCUGGCGUUAAAUAGCGAAGUUUAUGGUGCAAAACUUGCCGCUAAGUACUUAGAUAAAGAGCUGGCGGGACGGAUCCAACAGCUACAAUUAUUAGGUCGUGAAAUGCGCGGGGAUGUUCGAGAUAAACUAUGGCGACAAUUGGAAUCCGAAAUUUUACUUCAACGACACAAAACAGUGGUCAGAGAAUGUAGAAGAAAUAGUGUAAUGAGUAACGCUGAUAAAAUGAGUAAACCCCAAGCACCAAUUAUAACAGAAAAUGGAGAAAAUUUUGGCGAUAUUCGUACCGUUGUCGUCAAAAGAAAACCAGGACAAGGAUUAGGAAUCAGUAUUACUGGUGGUCGUGAACAUGGUGUUCCAAUACUUAUUUCUGAAUUAGAAGAAAAUGGCCCAGCUGCAAUUUCUGGGCAAUUAUAUAUCGGUGAUGCAAUCCUUUGUGUAAACGAUCGAGAUUUACGUCAAGCGUGUCAUAGAGAAGCUGUAGAUAUUUUAAAACAACCCAGCGAAGAGUGUCGACUUCAAGUACAAUAUAUUGCAGCUGAUGAUAGUGAUAAUUCACUUGAAGAAGAUGGAUACAACUUCCAUUACAGAUUUUUCGAUCGGGAAGUUUGUAGUCCUAACGAUUCGAUAUCUUUACAUCCCUUGAGUUCUUCGGGCGUUAUUAAAACCCCAACGGCCCCAAGAACUCCCGAUUCCACCUCGCAGAGUGGAAUCAGACACGUAAUUGGAUUUGAUACGCCUGAUACAACAAAGUUAUAUAACGAAACUUUCAUAAUCGAUCAAGUUAUAGAUACAUUACAAGCGGUCGAUAUAAAAAAUUCAAACGAUUUAAUAGCUUUAGACACUGAAGUGAGCAAUACGAAAGUAACCACGGAAGAAAACACAACUCAAAAAGAUUUAACCUUAUUGAGCGAAAACUUGGAUUUAAAAAAACUUCCUAAUUUAAACUGUUCGACGAACUCGUUAAACUCCGAAAAUUUAUCCUCGCCAAUGCAAACCAGUACGGAUAUGUUCGUGGAUUCCGAAGUACUCUCAACAGAUUCGCAAUCGCCGAAAACCGCGGAUAAACCCGCAAAAGCGGAAGUUUCAAAAUACGACUAUAAAAAAAAAACCGUUUACGAUUCGAACGAAACUUUUUCAUUAACAAAAAGCGACCAAAGUCUUUUAAAUUCCGCGGAAAGUGACGACAGUUCCCCGGUACAUAAAGCUCCAAGGGAUUACAAAAAAGUUCAACGCCGAUACAAAACGAAAAAAUAUUUCGGCGUGAAAACGUUGCAGAGUAUUUUUGGAAAACACAACGGUUAUUCGGACGUUUCGAGCACCGCAUCGGAUUUCGGGGACGAUUUGAAUCAGAAUAAACCCGAAAGUUGUUACAAAGAAAUAGGAACCGAUUCGGAAAACGCUAAUUUAAUCGAUAUCUCAUCGCAUGAAAACAAUAAUUUAUCAAACUCCGUUGAGACGACGCCCCAAUUCGAAGAAAACAUUCAUAGCAUACUAUCAGAAAUGUUUCGGAGAAAUUUCGACUUACAAAAAAUUGAUGCGACGACAACAACUCAAUCAAAAACCACAAAAAAAUCUUUACGCGUUGGAAAAGCUUUAAGAUUAUGUCCCAACGAUGAAUUUUCAUACGGAAACGUUUACAACGAUCAAAAACGUGAAAAAUUACUCGCACGAUACGUUUACAAUGCAAAUUGUUUGAACGCCGACGGAGUUGGGGAUCCAGAUUUUGGAACUCCAGUUUAAAAUUAUAACUUGUAAUAACGAUAAGGAAGAAAAGAGGGAUUAAGUAAUGAAGAAAACACUUGAAACGGUUGUGUUUAGCGUUUACUUAGAAUUAAAAAAACAGUUAUAGGAAAGCAAAGAUAUUGUAAUACAUCAAAUUGAAAGUGAUUUAAAAGUGAGAAAAAAAUUUUAUUUAAUUUUUUGUUAAUUUUAGAUACAGGUUCAUUUAAAAUGGGAGGUUUGUGUUGCAUCUAAUUCGGAAUCAAUCUUGUUUAUAUUAAAGUAAAAUCUCGAUAUAACGGAUUAAUAUGGGGGAGGAAAUGAAUAAUUUUGAUGUACGGAAUUUCAAACAACUUCUACUUGUGGUUCAAUAAAAAUAUACAACAAUUUAGCACUAAAUAACAAAUAAAACUAGAACUAACA